AUCUUUAGAAAAUAAAUUUACUCAAAAAGACGAAAAGAGAAAAAAAACAGGGGGAACCUUCUCUGCAACUCUUUAAGGAACUUUGCAGACUUUUCUUUUGUCUGGGGUCAUACGAGAAACGCCUUUUGUCAUCUCCUUGUGAAGUCUAAACCGUGAAAAUCCUAAAAAACUGAGUUUCUCCGCUUCUGGACCUGCUGUUUGAACCAUAAUGCCUGGAGUUGUGGAUCGCAUGGAGCUUAGGAAGGUCUCCACGGAGGCUGACGACGACAGCACCGACAGCCUGGAUGACCGCUACACGGAGCCCAUCGACUCUGAGAAGGCCACCAUCAACAGCCAAUUUUUGGACGAUAACGAUGAUGCAGAAAGCCAGAAGUUCCUGUCAAACGGGAUGAUGAAGAAGAAGAAAUAUGAGGAAUACCAUGAAGAAUAUCAUCCCGGUCACGCCUCCUUCGGCAUGUCUGUCUUUAACUUGAGCAACGCCAUCAUGGGCAGCGGCAUCCUCGGCUUGUCCUUCGCCAUGGCGAACACCGGCAUCAUUCUCUUUACAAUCCUCCUCGUCGCUGUGGCCAUCCUGUCCUUAUACUCUGUACAUCUGCUGCUCAUGACAGCUAAAGAAGGAGGAUCCCUCAUCUAUGAGAAGCUGGGAGAGAGAGCAUUUGGUUGGCCUGGGAAGAUGGCUGCGUUUGGAUCGAUUAUCAUGCAAAACAUCGGAGCCAUGUCCAGCUACCUCUUCAUUGUGAAGUACGAGCUGCCAGAAGUGAUCCGAACCUUCUUGGGCUUAGAAGAAAUCUCUGGUGAGUGGUACAUGAACGGAAACUACCUGGUGGUGUUUGUGUCCAUCGGGAUCAUUCUGCCCCUGUCCCUCCUCAAAAAUCUGGGAUACCUCGGCUACACCAGUGGAUUUUCCCUUUCCUGCAUGGUGUUCUUCCUGGGUGUGGUGAUCUACAAGAAGACCCAGCUGCCGUGCCCUCUCCCGUUCUUUUACGGCCCUUCGUACAACCUCAGCACCAACGCGUCGCACAUGCCGGGCCUGUACGCGCUACGAAACAACUCGGCGCAGAUGGAUUUCUCCCGGGCCGACGUGUCCCCGGCGGUCAUCGGCAGUCACGACGCCCAUCACUCCACGGGAGUCCAUUUCGAGCCUCACCCUGAUGAAGAGGAGAUGUGCACGCCCAAAUACUUUGUCUUCAACUCACAGACUGCGUACACUGUGCCCAUCCUGGCAUUUGCCUUCGUCUGCCAUCCUGAGGUGCUGCCGAUCUACAGCGAGCUCAAAGAUCGCAGCAGGAAAAAGAUGCAGAACGUCUCCAACCUGUCCAUCCUGGCUAUGCUCAUCAUGUACAUGCUGUCGGCACUGUUUGGCUACCUCACAUUUUAUGAUAAUGUGGAGGCCGAGCUGCUCCACACCUUCACCAAAGUGUACAAGUUCGACACCAUGCUGCUGUUGGUGCGUCUGGCUGUCCUCACUGCCGUCACUCUGACUGUCCCCAUCGUGCUUUUCCCUAUCCGCUCCUCCAUCACCACGUUGCUGUUCAGCGGGCGAGAGUUCAGCUGGACUCGCCACAUGCUGAUCGCCGCCGCCAUCCUGGCCUUCAACAACUUGCUGGUCAUCUUCGUCCCCACCAUCAGGGACAUCUUCGGCUUCAUCGGUUCUUCUGCGGCCACACUGCUCAUCUUCAUCCUUCCCGCCGCCUUUUACAUCCGCCUGGUAAAGUCAGUGCCGUACCGCUCCCCGCAGAAGAUCGGGGCGACCAUCUUCCUGAUUGUGGGAAUCAUCUUCAUGAUUGGCAGCUUGACGCUCAUCGUCCUUGACUGGAUCCACAACCCUUCAGGCUCCAGCGGCGGCCACUAAACCCCGUUUCUUUCCCCUCAGAUUCACACUAGCAGCCACCCUCACCCCACAACACAGCAUCUCUUCUGGUUCGCCUCGUCCUCUGGUUCCCCUCAUUUCAUAAAAUCAUCGCAGAAGACAUCAGUUUUCCCCUAGAGAAUAUCCCUGGGUGGAUCUUUUUAGUUCUUUUUUUUUUUUUUUUGCUUUUUUGGAUGUGACAAGACAAACAAGAGAAUCAAAACCCAGAGUGGGAGUAACAGACUCUGGUCUAACAUGCCACCAAGACAUCCUAAAAUCAGAAAUUCUUAUUUCCACCUAUGAAGACACAGAACGAACUUACUCUGCAGCCCUCACCUGAAGCAGAUCAGUGAACUGUGAUUUGCAGGGCUGGAACGAUGAUGCAAGUCCAUCAGUCCUCUGAACUUGAAAGAGACAAUUGGGGGUGGAGUGUGUCGUCAUCCAUGAUAAAGAAGCACUUCUAGCAUUAUGUUUCACUUUGUUUGUAGCGCUAUCACACAUCCACACAUCUGUAUUUAAGCUACCGGCCAUGAAAAACCUAGAAUUUAUCAAGCAGUCGGAUCAUCUCAGAACGACAUUUAAUCUGGAACUUAAUUCAGUCUUUCAUUCGGGAAAUUGUGGUUUAAUUUAAUCACAAGCUUUGCCAAAGUCUGCAUGCACAUACAGAUGUAGUUGGUAGGUUCAUGCUAGAGCUUCCCAGCUCCACAUUCUCAAGGAUCUUUCUCGCCAGCUGUUUUCAUCCCGGCUGUGCACAUGAAGCCAGGAGGUGCUUUCAGUAUUACUGUCACGGAGGGAUCUGAACAUGCAAGGUAUGAAUGUACAGAAUUAAGUGUAUCUACUGAAAAAAUGAGCGUUGUACAGAAUAUCUUCCUUCGCCUCAUGAGGCCCUCUGCCAUCUAGGCUGUAUGAAGUGAUCAUUUACAACAACCAGUACACACACACCUGCUGGAAUAACUUAUUCGGGAUGUAAUAUAGGGCUACACAGCACAACAUAUGGAAUCAUAUGUUGUUAUUUUAUUAUAUUAUUAUUAUCAAGUAAUUGGCAAAAAUAUGUAA